GCUGCUCGCUCACCCUUGCUGCGUUUUGUCGGUAAUAGUCCUAACACCGUCGCUCUUUCAUUUCUAUUCAUAUUCCUGCGGGAUGGACUACGACAGAAAAUCAACAGUCUCGUCCUUCUAUGGCGCUCGCCGCUCGACAGACGUCCUGAAUGCAAAUCCACCGGCAACAGGCCGCGGUGGCCAAUACGCAGCGCCGUCAACCCGCCCCCGUGUCGACUCAGCAUCAUCAUUCUAUGCUGAUCGUCAGUCCAGACCUUCUCACGACGUUCUCAGCCACCAGGGCCAGUCUGCAGGAUAUAACGCUUCUUCGUUUUUUGAUGUUGGCCGUCAGGAACCAGUGAAAGGGGGUGCAGACGAGCAAGAGGAGGAAGAAGAAGAAGAAGAGGGAGAGCCUCAAGCGGACUCUUGGGACAUUUAUGCUGACUUUAACAACGUGGGACCUCGGUAUAGCACAGCGUUCGGUGUCGGUCAGCGGCAGACCCAGGAUUCCAACUACCACCAACUCCCGUCGUCGAUCCCGAAAGCUGCACCAAAAUCCGAAGUGGACGUAGAAAGUGCACUCGCCCCUGUUGAGUUGGUCACCGUUCCAGCGUUGGGUCCCGAAUGGCAGCGCUCGGAACUCAAGAGCAUGACCAAGUCUGGGAAGCGAGAACUCAAAGGAGCAGAGAGGAAGGCCAAAUGGAAAGCUUGGAACCGUGGCGAUAUCGGUCUCUUUGGCACAAAAUGGUUUACAAAAAAAUUCCUUGUCUUCUCCGUGUUUGGAUUAUGCGUGCUGAUUGGCAUUACACUCGCAAUUACCAUCCCCCGAGUACCAGCGAUCACCUUCAGCGGAUCAAGCGCUCUUACACAGGAAUCGGGUUCCUUCAAUGAUUCGAUCCCGACCGAAUUCUCGCGUUCCCCUGCCAACUUCUCCUUUCCUGCUUACGCUAAUGUUCAGGUCGACACAACUAGCAACAUCAUCCCUCUCACCUUCAACUCCAUUGGCGCAGAAGUAUGGUACACGAGCACGAGCAUGCAGGUCGCAACAGGAUACUUUGGAAAAAAGACUCUUCCAGCCAAAUCCUUCCCUGUCAUCCAGAUACCUCUCAACUUCUCAUAUGUAGCCACUAACGACUCAGAUCCCACCUGGGUCGCGUGGUAUGAUGCAUGUAGAAACUCUGCAAUCGAUCAGAAUGGCGUUCGACCUGGUGUCAACUUUGAGCUUAUCCUUACAAUGGACAUCGCAGGGUUACCCACGACCCAAACUGCUUCCGCGCAAGCGGCCAAUGCGGACUGUCCUUUCGAACUUCCUGUUAACAGUCAAUAGGAUUCUUCCGUAAGCAUUCGGCACUCUACUUGCCCAUAGUCCCUUCUCUCUCCCUUCUACCACCUCUCAUUUUGUCAUGUCAUCUUGUUCUUUUUUCGGGGAUAUUCAUUGUUUAUCUGCCUACAAUAUGCUAAUAUUCAUUGGACAACUUCAAAUUCGACGGACUUCAAUCGACCGCAUAGUUUUGCUGCGUGCAUUUGCGCACUCUGACUGUCUCGCUAAUGUCACUGUAUGGGAAGCACUUUCCGCUAUCUACCAACUAGCAGCAAUUCACACAGAUCAAGUUGCAAG